AUAGAAUAAAAUGUUCUUAUAUAUGUUGAAGCCAAAACAGUCGUUUCGAUAGCUGAUGUAGGCGGGAGGAUAUGUCAAAUUGUAUUUUCAUUCACAUAAGAAAGUGGGAGGGGAGGAUUACCCUUACUAAAGAUGGCGGUGUCUGGCUUCACUGAUUCCGUAAGGUUUCAGUUGUAUCCGCCGUAUGGGAAUGAAGCCGCUUUGCCAGCAGUAUCUUUAACCUAUGAACUCCUGAGUGUGCCAGUCCUCCGCCAUAUUGACUGUUGUCUUGACUGGAGGAGAUAGAGAACAUUUUGAGGUCCGAGAAGAAACGAAAGUGUGCUCUCCAAAUCAUCGAAACUGGUGCAAACUUGGCCAAAGCGUAUUAUAAACACCACCGUAAUGGCAAGGAAGAAAAGCAAGCAGCAAGGAGUCGCCCAGAAGGAGCUUGCGCCUGGACAGCAGACCGCACCGAAGAGCCCAGUCUCUCCCGGCGAUGCAGCUGACGGUGGCGGCGGAGAUGCUGGGCUGGAUAGGCUGGCCACUACCAGGGCGAACCAGCCUAUGCACACCUGCUGCCUCCUGUGCCACCGAGAGUUUAAGGACUGGGGAGCAAACUCUGUGAACGGGCUCCCUGGGGGCCAUGGGACCAAGCUGGCUGAUGCCGUGCCUGCGCUAUCCCAGGCCUUAUUGCGGGAGGCACCAGGGCGUAAGCUUGCUGAUGCCGUGCCCUCGCUGUCUCAGUCCCUGCUGGGAGAGGUGCCUCUGUGGAUAUGUCAGAGCUGCUGCAAGAGUGUGGAAGAGGAAGAGAGGCGGAGCACCCAGGAGCAACCAACACCGGUACCAUUGUCACACUCUUCCUCCUGUAAGUCCCAGAGCUGUGGGAACGGUUACCCAGAGCAAAGUACUGUGGAUUGGGACCCGAGUUCCUUCCUGUCAGCCCACAAACUGUCAGGUCUCUGGAACUCUGCCCACACCAACGGAGGGGAACACUGCAACCACAACACUUCUUCACACUCACAACCAGGUUUAACAGUAGGCUCAGCCUGUCAUGAGAAAAGAGGACUCCAUGAAGCGCCGGGUAAAUCUGCUAAAACGUCGGGGGCCAAAGUCUGUCCCUACAGUCACCCGUCAUCCCAGACCUCCAAUGGAUCUUCUGCUGGGAACCCCCUGUCUACCUCAGCAGACCUUUGUAAGACAACUCCCAAGCACUUCAAAACCAUGUGCCGUCGACCAACUCCGCCAGGUGAAGCCUUCCACCCCAGUGACCACCAUCAACACACAGACUUGUCGGUACCCCCCAACAGUCCCACCGGCCUGUCAUCCCAGCAUUCCUCCCUCUUGCCUCCAAAGCCGAACUCUGGGCAGCAUGGCCACGUAACUUCCUCUUCUGGUGCUGGUGUUGCAGCCCACGCUCCCUUCUCCCCGCUGGUACCAAACCUCCACGGCCCCUCAGCCAAACUCAACUCUCCCAGUCCAGACAGCCCGACACCUGUCCAUAAGCCCAGCGCGUGCAAAAACUCCCACAUUCCUGCCGUGAACACGCAACACAGCAAACUGGGCACGUCGAUCAUGGGCUGUAACCACCCUUGUAAUGGACACAAUGCGGGAACGGUGUCCACUUCAAAUGUGGGCCAUCUGACAGCCGGGUCCUGCAGGGAUCAGGCAUGUAAGGGGCACAAAAUGACUAAUGGGACGUUGUGCCACCCUUCGUCGGAGCUUGAGGAGGGAGAGGAUGAAGACAGCAGCUCUGAGAGGAGCUCCUGUGCCUCCUCUUCCACCAACCAGAAGGACGGGAAGUACUGCGACUGCUGCUACUGCGAGUUCUUUGGGCACAAUGCGCCUCCAGCUGCACCAACCAGCCGUAACUACGCUGAGAUUCGGGAGAAGCUCCGCUCGCGUCUGACCCGGCGUAAAGAGGAACCGCCUCUGCGUCAAGAUGCAGAACUGAUAGUGGCCGGCGCCAUCGACAACCGGGAUGUAGAUGAGCUGCUGGAUUUCAUAAACAGUUCUGAACCCAAACCGGUCAACAGUGCCAAGGCUGCAAAAAGAGCCCGACACAAGCAAAAGAAGAAGGAAAAAGCUCAGCAGGGAACGGGUGCUGCAGGCAGUGACCCCAACUCAGAUCCAUCUGAUCCUGUGGACGACGAGCCACUCCCUGACGGUUCAGAAGCCAGUCGGCUGCUCGAUUGGCCUCAGCUGGAGCUGGAGCGCGUCAACAGUUUCCUCACCAGUCGGCUGGAGGAGAUUAAGAACACCAUCAAAGACUCAAUCCGGGCCUCAUUUAGCAUGUACGACCUCAAUCUGGAUGUUAAUGACUUCCCAAAAAAGGCCGCUACGUUGGAGGGCAACCAUUUACUGUCCCAUCUCAAUGGUUCCUCUGACCUGCAGCAGAUAGACCUAGACUUGGCACCUCUUUCACUGGGAAACUUUAAGAGCCACCUGGACCUGGUUAAUGGAUGGGAGGACACAACUACGGUCUCAUCCCCUAAUACAGCCCCCAACACCACCACGGCCUCAGGGGUCCCUCCGGGGUCCAAGGACAUCCAGCGGUUGCACACUACCCCCAGUCUUUCGAAGCUCAUAAGGGUUCGAUCCCCAGAAAGAUGCACUUCCACUGGACCUGACAGUUUGCCGCAGGCGCCAGCCCAAACCACAGCUAAAUCGAAUGAGGACGCCCCUGAUCCCAAGAACACAACGGUUGGGAACGGGAGUGCAAAGUCAAAGAAGAAUAAAAAGCAGCAGCAGCAGAGACAGGAGCAAUCUGUGUCCGAGCAAAAUACCAACAAACCAACCAAAGCUGCCUCUGGGAAUGACACACAGAAAAGCAAUGAGUGCAAAGAAUCGGCUUCUAACGGCACAAAAGCUGGGAACAGACAGCCCCAGCACUCUGUGGACAACCAGAGAAACGGGCCAAAGAAAGCCGAGGAGGGCAGAUCGUCUAAACAUGCAGCAAACGGUGGCGUCUCAAAUGCACACCGAGGGAAAGGGGACACAGACACACGAGGAGGACGGUCCGAGCAGGAUUCAGAAAGCAAGACGCAACCCGGCAUUCCAGCAAAUGAGCAGCAGCAGCAGCAGCAGGCCAAGGGAAAGAACAACAAGAAGAACAAGAACAAGGGUGAAAAAUCCAGCAGUGCUAUUGAUGAUGUUUUUCUCCCUAAAGAAGGCGAUCCAACAGAAAUGGAUGAGAUUGAUCGUGAAGUGGAAUAUUUCAAAAGGUUUUGCCUUGAUUCUGCAAAACAAACUCGCCAGAAGGUAGCAGUGAAUUGGUCCAACUUCAGCCUCAAAAAGGUUCCUUCCAAUGCAGCUCAAUAACUUGGACGAGUGCCAGGAAAAAAACUCCACACCACAAACUCUUUCAGUAGAGCCCCACAUGGCCUGAGGCCUUCUCUCAUUCCCUGUUUUCUUCUCUUUCUUCCUAAGCCAAGGAACCCUAGUUCAAAAUCAUACUCCAUUCAGAGGACUGAAACCUAACUUGUGGCUGAUAAGCCAGGGAUCAUUCUCCACGCCAACUUUACCCUUUGCUUUUGUUGCAAUGUUCACUAAAUGAGAGAUGCAAAGUCGGUAAAAAGUCUGUUGAAUCCACUGCAUCCACGUGCUUACUUAUGUAGUAUGUAAACAAUUACCUUACUUGAAAUAAAUGUGUUUAUCCCAAAUCUGACAAAUUUGAACGUUGUUAAACUUCUGAAUUCCAAUUUGGUGCUAUUCAUAUAUUUCCUUCUGCACAGCUAGUUUCCUGCUCACUUCAGCAGUCUCAGUACACUGCAGACCAUUUGUCUAGUAAUGUAACUGUAUAAGGAGCACAAGACAACAUUUUUGUAAAAUUAGGAAACAUUUGUACCCUUCUCUUUUGCAGGUGAGGAAUCAUUUAAUUAAUUAAAAAGAUAGACUGCAGUGCAUUCAGUGGUUGUUGAUUUUUAAUUGGAAUACUUUUCUCAAUAUUUAAUUAUGAUCAUUAAAUGAUUUAGUAAUCAGUGGUUUAAAAUGAAAACACCUGAUGACCCAUGAAACUAUGUUUUUUUUUUUUCGAGAGUUUAUAUCAAAAGUGCUAAAAGAACGUAGUGGAAAACAUAUUUACUGUUUGUAACACUUGGCUCGCAGGAUGCAUCUCAUAAAACUCAAAUCCAAUGAAUACCCAUGCAACUAAGUCUCCAUUCAUGACAUGUACAACAGGAACAUCCCGAAUAAUGUUCACCAGUUCUGUAUUUGGCAAAGUUAAAAUGUAUGUUGCUUCAAUGUCAACCCUCCCCUGGUUUUAAUGUUGAACAAUUGCAUAUGUUAUAGUGAUUUCCAAUAUACACUCCUCUGUAGAAGAAAGUCCUUUACCACGGUUUUCUAACUCUUAAACUAUUAUUUUAACCCCUUUAUCCCAUCAGUGACAGGUACACCAUUGUGCAAUGUUCAUUUUAACGUUGGAACCAUCACACAUUGUAUGGCACAGAUAAUUUCAAUGCUUGUACAUAUUGAGUGAUUAUUUUGGGCCCUUUUGAGCCUUUGUCAUGCUUUUCUGGGGGUUGUAUGACAUAUUUUCAACCAUCCUACUCUUUCCCUUUACUGUGACCUUGGUGGCAUCCUGUACCUCAGUUAGCCUAUCUUAAGUUGAAGUCUUGAUAAUCUUUUGAUAAAUAUCACUGAAGAGUUGAUACCUUUUGAGACAAGGAACUUCAGAUUUUCACCAUUUACCAUGUUUUUAGGUGAUGGCUUUCAUGAGGUGUUCUUUCCUGAAUCUGUGCUGAGAUUUUGUUUUCAUAUAACAACAUUGAUGCUUUCCAGGUUAUAUUCAAUUAGAGAAGAUUAUCUUAAUGUUUCGAAUGUAGAUUUAUACUAUAUCAAUAAUAGCCAAGUGUAUGUUGGCUUGUUUCUUUUUUUUUAAUUCACUUUUGAUACUGUGAAAAAUCUUUCGUUCAGAAAGAUUAAAAACAAUACAGUUUUGACAAAAUA